AUGGUCCAAUUCCAUGCUCUCGGUUUACUGUAUCAUAUUCGUAGCGGUGAUCGUUUAGCAGUGAAUAAAUUGGUUCAAAAAUGGAGUAAAUCAUCGUUGCUUUCUCCUUUUGCAACCUGCUAUCUUAUUCGACUUGCCGCCAAACUUGUUGAAGAAGAUGAAGCAGGAAUAGAAAGCCCUUUUUUCCAAUUUAUUGAGUCAUGUCUCCGUCAUAAAUGUGAAAUGGUCAUCUAUGAGGCUGCUUCUGCGAUUGUCCGACUACCGCGAACAACUUCAUCAGAGUUAUCGCCAGCUAUUUCAGUAUUGCAACUUUUCUGUUCAUCUCCGAAACCGGCGCUUCGAUUUGCUGCUGUGCGGAUUUUAAACAAGGUAUCAGUGAAACAUCCACAAGCAGUAACAUCAUGUAAUGUCGAUCUAGAACAAUUGAUAACAGAUCAGAAUCGUUCUAUAGCAACACUUGCAAUCACAACACUUCUCAAAAC